UUCAAAUUAGCAAAAAACCACAAAACUCUGUCCGUCUCUUUUAGCUUUCUUUUACCUCUCACUGUGUGUAAUCCACUCUCUCUGCCUCUCACUUCCGUUCUUCGCCUGAGAACUUUCCGCGUAAGCAAAGUAAAAAAACGAUGUCGUAUGUGCCUCCACACCUGAGGGACUCGAGCUCAAGCACCACAACCACCACUUCCAAAACGUCGUCGAUAACCCUAGACAGUGACUUUACCACCACCAAGCUCUCCUACACCUCCAACUCUUACCCCAAAAACAACAACAACAAUAACUCCUCCUCCAACUUGUCUUCUUCCUUCAAUGCCUCUCGCUGGACCUCCGGUGCUCUUUCGCCGUCCGUCAGGUCUCUCUCCGUUCCCGACCCCGUUUUCCCUCAAUGGAAGCCAUCCGAACGCGUCCUCCGUAUGAAGCCUGAACAGAUAGAAGAGGUUAGGUUGCGGCUUAAUGUUGAUGUCACUGCAGCUCCAGACUCCACUCCUGCACCUGCACCAAUUGAGACUUUUACAGAUAUGUGUUUGCAUUCAAGCAUCAUGGAGGAUAUAGCUUUUCAUGAAUAUACUAGGCCAACAUCUAUUCAGGCUCAAGCUAUGCCAGUUGCUCUUAGUGGUAGGGAUUUAUUGGGUUGUGCUGAAACUGGCAGUGGUAAAACUGCUGCAUUCUCCAUUCCUAUGAUACAGCAUUGCUUGGCUCAACCUCCUGUCCGACGAGGUGAUGGACCUAUAGCAUUGGUCUUAGCUCCAACUAGAGAGCUAGCCCAACAAAUAGAGAAGGAGGUUAAAGCUUUCAGUAGAUCUCUUGAGUCAUUUAAAACUGCGAUAGUUGUGGGUGGAACAAACAUAGCUGAGCAGAGGUCUGAGCUACGGGCAGGUGUGGAUGUUGUGGUUGCUACUCCUGGAAGAUUUAUUGAUCAUUUGCAGCAAGGAAACACUUCCCUUUCUAGAGUUUCAUUUGUUGUUCUUGAUGAAGCUGAUAGAAUGCUCGACAUGGGGUUUGAACCACAGAUAAGAGAGGUGAUGCAAAAUCUUCCUGAGAAACACCAGACUUUGCUGUUUAGUGCAACUAUGCCUGUGGAGAUUGAAGCAUUAGCACAGGAAUACUUAACAAGCCCUGUCCAAGUGAAGGUUGGAAAAGUGAGUAGUCCAACAGCAAAUGUAUCUCAAAUUUUGGAGAAGGUUUCUGAGACCGAGAAGAUUGAUCGGCUUCUAGCUCUGCUUGUAGAAGAAGCAUCUCAGGCUGAAAGAUCUGGGCAUCCCUUUCCCUUGACUAUUGUCUUUGUGGAAAGGAAGACAAGGUGUGAUGAAGUUGCUGAAGCUCUGGUAGCACAAGGUUUACAUGCUGUGGCUCUUCAUGGUGGCCGUACACAAAGUGAAAGAGAGGCUGCUCUUCGGGAUUUUAGGAAUGGAUAUACUAAUAUAUUGGUUGCCACUGAUGUUGCAUCUCGUGGUUUGGAUGUCACAGGAGUUGCUCAUGUUAUCAAUCUAGAUCUUCCAAAGAGUAUGGAAGAUUAUGUACACCGGAUUGGAAGGACAGGCAGAGCAGGAUCAAUGGGUCUAGCUACAUCCUUUUACAGCGAUCGUGAUAUGUUCCUUGUAGCACAUAUAAAGAAAGCAAUAGCAGAUGUUGAAUCUGGGAAUCCUGUGGCUUUUGCAACAGGGAAGGUUGCAAGAAGGAAAGAGAGAGAAGCUGCAGCUGCCCAUAAAGAAGCUAGAAUUUCUCUUUCUAAGCUCUCCAUGAAUGGACCUGCUUCAAUCAACAUCGAGGACAAGUACAGAUUCAUGAUUGCUUCGUCAAACAUUAAAAGAGAGGGUGCAGCAGAUAGUGCAUGGGAUGACUAAACCAACUCCACCUUCGCACCUUUGAGUACGAUCGAUGAUCCAUGCUCACUGCUUAGGGUCCUAGUUUCAGAGGUUGGUAAAAAGAGUAGCUUGUGCAUCUUCCGGGUUGAAGUUGGGUUUCUGUUACUUUGUUGUCCUGUUGGUUUGUCUGGGGAACUGGUCACUUACUUUUCCUGGCUCUCUCUCUCUCUCUCAUAGUGUUUGUGCAUCAUUGUUUAGUUGUGCUGAUGGAAAAAAAAAAAAAAAAAUGGAACUAUAGGCAUGUCGCUUCUUACUUGGAGAUUGGAGUAGAAAAAAUGAAGAAUACAGUCAUUGUAAGUUGUCUUCGUAUACGUUGAUUUACAUCAUUAAUGCAGCUAGUUUUUGUAAGUAGCAGGAUUGAAAAAUGAGAUUUAUUUUAUUUUAUUUUUUUUGGGUACACCAAGAUCUACUGCCAUGUGUCAAUUUAAGCCAGUGCGACGUAGCUUCAACUGAUAAAAUAUUUGAUUCCUUUAAUUGUUGUGGCUCACUGCCUCAAUAGCACCAUUUCAUGUCACAAUGCUUAUUCAACAGCGUGGAAAGUUCUGAGACCGAGUUUGGAGGCGUGAGGCGUAGACCAAACUAUUAAUGUCAGCAUCAUUAAAUUUCUUUAUUUAUUUAUUUAUUUUUUCUGUAGUAAUACAUUUUAGAUUUUAUUAAAAUUUGAAUAUUAAGUGACAUAUAUUAUUGUUUAUAUUUGGUCCAGUUUGACAAUGAAUGUUUUCUCUCUAUAUAUAUAUAUAUAUAGAUAAAUUAAUUUAAUUGGAAAAAAAAAGAUUUGUUGAAAUACUUGAUCUUGGUUUACAUGAUAAAUGCCUGUACGAUGCCAAAAAAAAAAAAAAAAAAAACAAAAAACAAAAAAAAGAAAAAAAAAAGAAAAAGAAAAGCGACUGUAUAUGACGAAAAAGGAUGAAAGUGUAAAUUAUGUUAAGCUUAGGGGCGUAAAAAAGAAAAUGCGUAGAACAAGAAAAUUUCUCGUAUGUUCUUAACUAGACGCAAAAGCAAAAAGCUUCUUCACCUUCUUGGCUGCUUUCGUCUGGCAUUUGUCUGUCACGUGCGACUCUUAGACUCCAAGGGAAUCCGAGAACGAUGGCAAGUGGAGGCAUUGCAUCGGGAUCCAGACUUCUCUUGAAGUUUCGGAGACUUCAAUCAGCAGACGUUCAGGCGGCCGCCAUGUGGGGUGUGGCCGCCACCACCGGCGCACUUUAUCUCAUACAGCCGUUUGAUUGGUUAAAGAAGACAUUCUUGGAGAAACCAGAGGAGGCUGAAACGAAGUAAAUUCGGAUGGAGGGUCUCCGUCUGAGAGCGUUUGAAGAAUUGAAAUUCAGAGAUUACGAAGUAGAGCUAGAAACAAGGAGAUACUUCUUGUUUUUGCUUCAAUAAUGCUUUUGUUUAUGUAUCUGGUCAUUUAGUGGUUACUGCUCCCAUGUGAAAUAACCUAUUUCAAAAUGAACAUUUUCAUCUUUUGUGGUGAAACCAUGAAAGUAUACAUACAUUUUAACUGUUUUAAAUCACAUUUUCAUUUUCUUUAUCUUAUA